AUGACUAAGGGUGCCGGUCUGCGACUAUACCGGGCCUGCGUGCGGUGUCGCUCUCGAAAAACGCGAUGUGAUUUACACAGUACUGGAGACCCCGGCAAGCCCCCCUGUCUCAAGUGCUCGCGUGAAGGCGCUGACUGCGUCCUCGCCGGCUCCCGGCCCGGCAAGGGCAAGGGCAAACCAUCCCCAACCCAAUAUACCUACCGCAUCACUGGGAAUACUACUCAUGGCGACCUCUCUGCUCACAGUAAUCUCCAGAAUCCAUCUGAUGCACUGUUAAUAUUGGCCCAUGCGGCAGGGGAGCCUGACGAUCAACCAUUGCCCGGGGGACAAAUGGCUCGCAGGCCCCGCAAACAAGGAGGUCGGCAGCUGCUCGCUUCAGACAACAUGGUUCUUUGGGACGAAAGCAUCGCAGUGGCACCAAUUACGAAACGCUCGCCGGCAAGAGCGAUUGGGCAGAGCAAGAGACUGUACCUCUCUAUCCGCCUCUACAAGAUAGCAUCUUAUCACGCGAAUUACCAUCAAUUUUUCCCAAUCGUCCCAACAAGCAUACUGGACCCUACGAACAUUUGCGAAGCCCUUAAAAGCAAAUCAUUCCUAAUCACAGCAGUCCUAGUUAUCGCCUUGAAAGACGACAUGAACCUAUCCAGCACCCACAAGGCAAUAUGGGACUACUUCCGCCAAAGAAUCCUCGACAAGAUAGUUCUUUCCGGGGCGAUGAUAUCGAGCUGGAUCCAAGUGCCCAGCGGAAUCGUCACCUAUCUCUCCGACCGCCAAAUAUCCAUCCGAAUGGGUCAAGCCUUCUGGUGUCGUGGCCCCGGUCUAUCAGCAAGGUUCACGGUAGAAGACUUCCCCUCCCUACAAUCACAAGGAACGAAUGAAGAGGACCUAGCAUCCUGGAUCCAGGCACAGGUGGAACUAACGACACUCUUCGGAAACGCCCACGACAUCCUCUUCGCAUCCAAGGCUCGGACGGUCGAAUUGAUCACGAGAGGCGACUAUGUAAAAUACAUCGACGACACGACCAGGGCCUUGUCCGCCUGGAAGCAUGCGUGGAGAUCAAUUGUUGUUUCAAAACAUUUGCUAAGCUGUCUUACCCUCAUGCACGACUAUCUCCGUCUCUACGUCAACGCAUUCGCUUUCAGGCAACUUACGGCCGAAGAUAAUAGGAUUGAGGCGCGGACGCUUGACUUACCGAAUUCAGCGAUGGCUAGUGCUGAUGCACGGCAUAUCUAUGAUGCGCUUGUUGCUGCCGAGACUUUAUUGAGGGUAUUCAUCGAGGACUUUGAUGCAGAGAAGCAUCUUCGCUAUAUGCCCGCGCGCUUCUAUCUAUACGAAAUCCAUUCCUCCGUCUUCCUCUACAAAGUGCACGCCUCAGGCGCAAUCCCAACAGGCCGCUAUCCUCAAACCACCUCCCUAAUAGCCCGUUUCAUCACACACCUAACAACCAUCUCCUCCGACGAAAAGCACCUCUCAACCCGCUACGCCCGCCUCCUGCACAGACUGUGGUUCCGACCGGAGCAACCCGCCCCGGAGUGCAGCAACGACGCAAGUGGCAGUGGACUUGGGGCCGCCGAUCCAAGUUACCACACCCACGCUUCCCUGGCGUCUUACCAACAUCCCGGGUCCACACUCGCAUCCAUCCACCUCAGCCUCAUACACGGUCCAACGGUUCCGGCUGGAAGCAAUGACGGUGGGGCGGGAAUACUAGAUGAGCUCAGUCUCGAGCCGUUUGAUUGCAUGGAGACGAUGGAUGGGUUCUUUGCGAUGCCGCCUGUUUUUCCAUAUGAUUUGUCUGUGUUUUUCAAUGGGAAGAUGUCGGAGGGGGAUGCGGUAUUUAGCCGGGUCGAUCAGGAGACCGGAGCCGGCAUUUUGGUUGCCAACUGGACUGGCGACGUCAAUCGAUCGGCUUGGGACCUGUCGUUUUGA